AAUUAUCAACAUUGAAAGCAAAUUAUGUUAAGGCAGAUUAUUCUUAUGGACUCCUUCCAAACAAAACCAUAGAUUUAAACGGAAUAGAUAGUGUUUACAUCGAAAUGACAAUGCCAAAUAUUGAAUUCAAAGAAUUAGAAUUUGAUAAUAAUACUUUUGAAACUAUCUUGCCUCUUAAAGAAGACAUUAAUCUUCAUAAUAUAAGUAAUGAUGAAAGUUAUUAUCUAUCUAAGGGCUAUGUUACUGAUAAAAACCUAGAAGAAGCCAAGCUACUUUUUAAGAAAGCAGCUAAUUAUUGGCUUUCAGAUGCCCAAUUACACUAUGUGUUUACCUUAAUUGAAGAUAUAAAGGAUUAA